AUGACAAGACCAUUGACUGGAGAGUCCAAAAGCUCGUAUCCGCUAUCAAGCAAACCUCUCGAGCUCGGUGAAAGGCUCGUCGACAUCGAGGGCUACAAAGCCGAAGCCUCGAAGCUGCAACGCAUGGUCAAAGACCUAGAGGACAAGCUCGCGAAGCAGAACCUCGACGACACCGAGACCGGUCAUGGUGCAGAACGACCACGCAGGUUCCGAUCCGCCAACUGGUUCGACAGAUCAGAGCACCUCGGUAUGAGAGCUCUGUACGUCGAGCGCUACCUCAACUACGGCCUCACCAAAGAAGAGCUGCUCUCGGGCAAGCCCAUCAUCGGAAUCGCUCAGAGCGGAUCGGACCUCACACCAUGCAACCGACAUCACCUCGAGCUCGCCAAACGUGUGCGAGAAGGGAUUCGAUCCAGUGGAGGCAUCGUUCUCGAGUUCCCUACACAUCCCAUCCAGGAGAGCACGCGCCGACCGACCGCUGCCCUCGACCGAAACCUCCCCUACUUAGCUCUGAUAGAAGUCCUGCACUCGUACCCCUUCGACGGCGUCGUGCUGUUGACCGGCUGCGACAAGACGACGCCAGCCUGUCUGAUGGCAGCCGCCACCGUCAACAUCCCCGCCAUAUGCCUCAACGUCGGCCCCAUGCUAAACGGAUGGGCUCAGGGCGAAAGGGUCGGCUCCGGAUCCGUCAUCUGGAAAGCCCGCGAGCUGCACGCCGCCGGCACCAUCGACGAAGACCAGGUCGUCGACAUGGUCGCCGACGGCACGCCGUCGCCGGGUCACUGCAACACGAUGGGCACCGCGUCGACGAUGAACGCGCUCGCCGAAGCCCUCGGCAUGAUGCUCCCCGGAACGUCCGCCAUCCCCGCCGUAUACCGAGAGCGGUCGCAGGCGGCGUACAAGACCGGACUGAAGAUCGUGGAGAUGGUCCACGAGGACGUCAAGCCCUGCGACAUCAUGACGCGCGAGGCCUUCGAGAACGCAAUCGUCGUCAACAUGGCCAUCGGCGGCAGCACCAACGCCCCCAUCCACCUGAACGCCAUGGCCCGGCACGCCGGCGUGCCGCUCGACCUCAACGACUGGGACAACAUCGGUUUCUCCGUUCCACUGCUCCUGAACAUGCAGCCCGCAGGUGAGAUGCUAGGCGAGGACUACCACCGCGCUGGUGGCCUGCCCGCCCUGAUCGCCGAGCUCCUUGAGGCCGACAAGCUUCCCAACCCCGACGCAAUGACCGUCAACGGCAAGACGAUCGGCGAGAACGCGACCGGCAAGCAGACCUGGGACCGCCAAACGAUCCGCAAGUUCGCCGAGCCCCUGAUGGAGAACGCGGGCUUCAUGCACCUGACAGGCAACCUGUUCGACUCGGCCAUCAUGAAGACCUCGGUCAUCACUCCCGGGUUCCACGAGACGUUCCUCUCGGACCCCAACGACCCGAAUGCCUUCGAGUGUCCUGUCGUGGUGUUUGACGGCCCGGAGGACUACAAGACGCGCCUCGAGUCGGCCCCGAUUAACGAUCGCACUGUCCUCGUCAUGCGCGGCGUCGAGGUGGUCAAUAUGCAUGCGCCUGGCCGGCUCUUGAAACAGGGCAUACGUGACCUCCCCUGCAUUGGCGACGGCCGGCAGUCGGGCACCUCGGGCUCGCCAUCCAUCCUUAACGCGACGCCCGAGGCGGCCAACGGGGGAAAUCUGGCGCUGCUGCGCGACGGCGACAAGGUGCGCGUCGAUCUCGACAUGCGCCGAGUCGACAUUCUGAUCGGAGCCGAGGAGCUCGCUGAGCGCAGGAAGGAAUUGGAUGAGAGGGGCGGAUACCAUGGGCCGCCGAGCAUGACGCCGUGGCAGGAUAUCUACAGGCGCGAGGUCGGCGGGUUGAGCGAGGGCGCUGUGUUUGAGCGGGCGGUGGAGUAUCAACGGCUUGCGCAGAAGCACGACGCGCCGCGGGAUAACCACUAG